CCGUGCGAGCUCCCGCCCUCGCAGCUCUCCUCGCCGGCCGGCGGUCUCCGCGACCGUGGUCGGCUCGCGCGGCCCACGACCGCGCCCGGGCCUCGGCCCGCUAGGGCGCCCGCGCGGAUCGGCCAGGCCUCGCAGGCGAUGGCGGCCGCGGCGGCGCUCUCGGGCGCGGGCGCCCCUCCCGCGGGCGGCGGGGCCGGGGGCGGCGGAUCCCCGCCGGGCGGCUGGGCCGUGGCGCGGCUCGAAGGCCGCGAGUUCGAGUACCUCAUGAAGAAGCGUUCGGUGACCAUCGGGCGCAACUCGUCGCAGGGCUCGGUAGAUGUGAGCAUGGGCCACUCGAGCUUCAUCUCGCGGCGCCACUUGGAGAUCUUCACGCCCCCGGGCGGCGGCCAUAGCGCGGCCGCCCCGGAACCCGCGCAGCCCCGGCCGGACGCGGGCGGCGACUUCUACCUGCGCUGUCUCGGCAAGAACGGCGUGUUCGUGGACGGGGUGUUCCAGCGGCGGGGGGCGCCGCCGCUGCAGCUGCCGCGCGUGUGCACUUUCAGGUUUCCGAGCACAAAUAUCAAGAUAACCUUCACAGCCCUAUCCAGCGAGAAAAGAGAGAAGCAGGAAGCACCCGAGUCGCCAGUGCAGCCUGUGCAGCCACACAUCUCACCCCUGACCAUCAACAUUCCAGACACGAUGGCCCACCUCAUCAGCCCCCUUCCUUCCCCCACGGGGACUAUCAGUGCUGCAAACUCCUGCCCAUCCAGUCCUCGGGGAGCAGGGUCUUCAGGGUACAAAGUGGGCCGUGUGAUGCCAUCUGACCUCAAUUUAAUGGCUGACAACUCACAGCCAGAAAAUGAAAAGGAAGCUUCGGGUGGAGACAGCCCAAAGGAUGACUCAAAACCACCUUACUCCUAUGCACAGCUGAUAGUACAAGCGAUUACAAUGGCUCCUGAUAAACAGCUCACUCUAAAUGGGAUCUAUACACACAUCACUAAAAACUAUCCAUACUACAGGACUGCGGACAAGGGCUGGCAGAAUUCAAUUCGCCACAAUCUCUCUCUGAACCGUUAUUUCAUCAAAGUGCCACGUUCCCAGGAAGAACCAGGCAAAGGCUCCUUCUGGAGGAUAGACCCUGCCUCCGAGAGCAAGCUGGUAGAGCAGGCUUUUAGGAAAAGACGGCCUAGGGGCGUGCCUUGCUUUAGAACCCCCCUGGGACCUCUCUCCUCUAGGAGUGCCCCAGCUUCUCCCAACCAUGCCGGAGUGCUGUCUGCUCACUCCAGUGGCGCCCAGACCCCGGAGAGCCUGUCUAGGGAGGGCUCCCCAGCCCCCUUGGAGCCUGAGCCUGGCGCCUCACAACCCAAGCUUGCCGUCAUCCAGGAGGCCAGGUUUGCCCAGAGUGCGCCAGGGUCACCUCUCUCUAGUCAGCCCGUCUUAAUUACUGUCCAGCGGCAGCUACCCCCGGCCAUUAAGCCUGUUACCUACACUGUUGCAACCCCAGUGACCACACCCACCUCUCAACCACCUGUUGUGCAGACAGUACAUGUUGUUCAUCAGAUACCAGCAGUGUCAGUCACCAGUGUGGCUGGACUGGCCCCAGCAAACACAUACACAGUUGCUGGACAAGCUGUGGUCACUCAGGCUGCGGUGCUGGCUCCUCCUAAGGCUGAACCACAAGAGAAUGGAGACCACAGAGAAGUCAGAGUGAAAGUAGAACCUGUCCCUGCAAUUAGCCCAGCCACACUAGGCGCUGCUAGCCGAAUCAUCCAGACAUCACAGGGCACCCCUGUUCAGACAGUGACCAUAGUGCAGCAGGCGCCUUUAGGUCAACACCAGCUUCCAAUAAAAACUGUAACGCAAAACGGAGCUCAUGUGGUACCCAUGCCUACAGCAGUGCACAGCCAGGUGAACAAUGCAGCGGCAAGUCCUCUCCAUAUGUUGGCCACCCACGCAUCAGCAUCGGCAUCUCUGCCCACAAAGCGCCAGAACGGUGACCAGGCAGAGCAGCCAGAGCUCAAGCGAGUUAAAGCAGAAGAUGGCGAGAGCAUUGUCAUUGCCCUGAGCGUGGACGCACCACCAGCAGCUGUGAGAGAAAAGGCAAUCCAGAACUAGCUGUGGGAGACCUUUUCUUCAGACAUCAACUUUGUGGUGCCAAAAGGAGACGCUGCCUCUCACUGAAGCAGGGAGCGCAUCCUCAGUGGGUAAAGGGCCCUGCGGUUGGACUUCACCUCUCAGCACUGAAAACAUGAACCCAGGUGGCCUUAAAACUCCUUAAUUUAAAGACAUUUUACACUUGAACAGACCCACAACAGCAAACCUGGAUCCAGAGGUGGUGUCUCCGUCAGAGCACUCGCUGGGCUGUCAUCUGUGGGCUCAGCUUUUACUACAAGCAAGAACUCCAGGUCCCAAAGGACUGAGUCUCCUGGGAGGACGCAGCACCUGCUACAAGUGGAUUGCGCUGGCUUUCCUUUAGGGGACAGAGCCACAGCCACCUGCUGCCCUCAUAGGACCUGCUGGCUGUGGCUGAGAGACAAGACAGUGUUUUGUUGUCCACAUACGGAAUUAGAAUACUUGGCAAUGUCCUUUCUUUACUGAAUAAUGGGGUCUUUGACAUUUCAUAUCACUCCAUUUCUACUCUGAAAAUUUGAGAUUCAUUUGGGGGAAAGAGCGUCAUUCUGUUUGUUUCUGUGGUUUGAUUUUAGCCCGUGGGAUGGUUUGCUCUAGUCUGUCCUGCCUGUGUUUGGGUGCUCCCCCUUAGGACACCAACCUGCCCAUUUCCGUCUAGAGCGGUUAGCUGAUGAAUUUGACCUGCCUUGUGCCAUUGUAGAGGGUGGGUGGGCUGAGGCUGCAUGGACCCACGAGGCCAGGGGCAUUGGGACGAGAGACCCUGGGAGCCUUCUAGCCUUCAGGCUGCACGUACCUGCUCUAACUUGCAGGUUUUGUUGUUUGUUUCUUUAUGUAGACUUUGUCCUUGGCGUAAUUUCCCACUCUAGUAAAACAAGUCUCCUAAAUAUUGUGUAUGCUUAAAGCAACAGAUCCCUUCCUCCCUCCUUGGGAAACAGAUCCAGGCCUCUAGCACACCUUUUCAGACCAAGGUCAUACAUCUCUCCCAGAACCUGGGGACUUGUAGGGGUCAGCUCUGGCUUCUGACUGGCUAUCUGCAUGGCACACUCACAGCAAGAGCUGAUGGAGAGAUGUUGCCAGUUAACUUGAGGGUCUUGGGAGUGAGACCCUGCAGCCAAGUAUCAAGCAUUCAGGCCAUUUUAUGAUUCUCAAGAGGUUUCUCUGGCUUUUUACAAUGACGUCCCACACUAAUCCUGACUUAUGUCACAUAGCAAGUAAAGAGGGAAGGGUGAGGAGAGGUGGGGAGGCCAGCAGCCCAGCCCACACUCAGGAUCACCGCUCACCUUUCCAGAGCAUUCUGGACUGAGCUGAGCAACAGGCAGAGGGCGUUAGCCUCAUUGUGAGUUUUUUCCCUAAUGUCAUCAUCAUAACAUUAUUUAUUUAAAUGUAGUUAUUUUGGUAUUUAAUUUUUUUUUAAGAGAGGGGGGGGAAACCCUGUAUUUUCCUGGUAGAAUGAAAUGGCUCAGAAUGGUAUAUUUAGGCAAUUUAAAACAUUAUUUACAUAAAGACCAAAUAUGAUAAGUCUGUUCUAAGUAUUGCUUCACCCACAGUAUGGAGCUGUCACAAUGUUACUGCAGAUGAUGCGUGUUGACAUGGAGUUACUGCACCCAAGCUGGAUUUAUAUAACUCAGCCACUUAAACAAUAAAGGUGAGACAUGAUGCGAGUGAGAACAUGUGUGUGCCCACCGCAGUCUGCCUCCUCCAUCGUUUUUGCAGGUAACCUCGGCAUGUCUGUUUCGUAAAGGUUUGCAGUUUGCAGAGUACUUUAAAGUAAUUUGGGUUAUAUUGUGCCCAGCAUGUGCAUCCAGACUAUGGGCCUCAGUUAACGUGGUACGUUGGCAGGAGGCCGCCCUAGUCAAGGGUGGGCUCAGGUACCACCAUGGACAUACUGUGUAUCUGGAGAUGUGUGUAGCAUGCUUGCCCAGGGCUUGUUCCCUAUGAGUGAGGUCUGCAGACUCUUUACCUCUGAGCCCCAGACCUUAUGGGUCUGCAGGAGUUUCUUUUGGGGAUCAUAGAAAACAUUUAAAGAUGGAAAGAGGAUUUUUUUUUUUUUUUUUUUUAAGGCCACCUUCUCAGUCGCGUGUGAGUGAAGUGUGCCAAUAGGCACACACCCAUCUUUUCUCCUUGCUGCUGUAUCGGCCUUGCUGCUGCUUUGAUACAUAGGAAUGUAACGCUGCCAAGGAGAGGGCAGAAGCUGGACCGUAGAUUAACUAAGUACUAAACCCAGGGUUUCUUCCCAGUGUUGAAGGCACUACUUUAGUUUUAUGUUCAUCUUGAGUUCCCAGAUGCCCCUCCACAUACCAGAGCUGGGCUCGUGUGCUUUGGCCCUCAGCAGAGGUCUGAUGUGGGAACAUACUAUCCUGACACAAGCAGCUCGCAGCUCCCCAGGUCUACUGUGGCCCCACUGCUGAAUGCUUAAGGAGUCUCGCUUUGACCUUUACCAAACUUGUGAGCUCCCUCAGGGACUAGAUAACUUGAGCAGCGUUGGCUUGAACCACACCGAGCACAAAGGGAAGUUCACCUGUGUCCUGCGUACGGUGCAUUCCAGAACGUGUGUGGCAUAACAUUGUAUAGCUAUUUCCCACACUGUAGAGUGUGUUCACAGACAGCAGCUGGUCCCCGUAAAUACCCCACCGCACUUCCUUGUCCUCUGCUGGGGAGCUGGUCACAGAGUAGCUGUAGUAGUUCAGAAGGGGUCGGGAGCGUCAGGACUUGGGUUUUCUAUGCUGUGUGAUACAAGGAGAGAAGUGACAAUCGUGAAGUCCGAGCAUCUGCAGUUCCAGAGUAAGCAGAGUGCUGAUCUGUGUGCAAAGAUUUGGAAUUUUUAAAAAGUACCAAGUUCCUGAAAUUCAAUAAAAUAUUUUUAUUAAUUUUAA